CAAAAUUAAGUGAAAGGGAGUGAAGGUGGUACUUUGAGAAGGCGAAGCCACUCUCAGACUUUGUGGCCUUGUCAGGCUUCACUCUAAGAUGGAUCAGACCCAAUUGUCCAUAGAUGAGUCCCCACUCUCCCUCUGUUUAUAGGACCCACCACACCCCUCUCCCUUCCUUCUCCCUCCACUCUCUCACACACCUUCAUACACCCCUCCCUCUCUUGUCUCUUCCCUUCCCCUAACACACCCUUUUCUCUAUAUACACUCUUUCACACACUCCUCUUUCUCUCGUUCCAAUGGACAAAACAACAAUAACAACAACAACAGAGAGAGAAACCCACGACUUCAUGAACGUCGACUCCUUCUCCCAGCUCCCAUUCAUCCGCCCGGCCCCUCCAGUCAAGGAGAAGCCGGGCAUUCGUCUCUUCGGCAUCGAAUUCGCCGGCGGAAACGGCGACUCUGACUCAGUCGUCGUCUCCGCGGACGAGUCCGAGUCGGGUGAGACGACUACCAACAAUAAUAAUAAUAACAACAACAACCUUACCUCGUUCGACUCGAACAAGGACGAUGUUGUUGUGACCACCACUACCACUGUUGUCGACGCCAGCGGCGAGAGCAGCCGGCGCUUCGAGUGCCACUACUGCUGCCGAAACUUCCCCACCUCGCAAGCCCUCGGCGGCCACCAAAACGCGCACAAACGCGAACGGCAACACGCGAAACGCGCGCACCUUCAGUCGACGAUGGUGCACGGUAGCACCUACUCCGACGCGCACCAUGUCUACAACCUCAUGAACUACCGCUUCGGUUCCGCUCCAACGACAGCAAUGCCUUAUCCAACGUGGAGCAACGGCAGCAGCACCACCACCGCCGCCACCAACGCGACGAGGUUCUAUGGAACGACGGCGUUUUCGCACCACCAAAACCAACAGCAACAACCGAUUAAUGGAAGCCCUUUAGCGUUUUGGCGAAUCCCUGGUAACAACCCUAGUUUCAGCCACGAACGGUCGUUGCCGCCUUUGUUCGCGAGCGAGGAAAUGACGAACGUGAGAGCCUCGCAGGUUGUCGGAGCCUCGGGCUCGCAAAACCGCUACGUGUAUGACUCCAAACGCGCGAGUGUCCACGACCAUGUGAGUUUGGAUCUUCAUCUGUAGUAGAAACAAACAUGUUUCAAUAGUUUUCGUACAUAGUAAGUAUCAUGAGCCAGUAAUAACCUAUUAUGAUGAUGGCACUGCGAGAAUCGAGGGAUUUGGCAGCGACUCUUUUUAGAGCGGCUUUGGGGCAAAAAGGAUCCAUAAAAUAUGAGAAAUUUCUUCCCAGAGGGAGAAAUUGUUUCCAUUUCUAAUUCUUUCUUCUUUUUGUUUUACAUUAACAGUUGAAUUUUAGAUCAUAAAUAUGCUAUAUGUGGUUUAGUUAUCACAAUCUUUUUAAUUAAAUGAAACGACUUUUAUUUAAA